AUGUCAAACGCUCUAGCCGCUAUCGCUUGGUGGACAGUGGCUUCAUUGGUCAUUAGUGUGGUUAUGGUUCCAUCGAUUAACAUCUCAUCAACCGCACUGAGAGAAUCGACCGAACCACUCCAGGAUCCUGGGCUUUCGGCGCUCGAUUAUCUUCCACGCCUUUUGAUCGGAUUCAGUGACAUUCCACGGACAGAUAAAGGUCUUAUUUUUGGUUCAAACAAGAACUGCGACAUCCAGCUACCCUUCCCAGGUGUUUCGAAUAUCCACUUUAGCCUGACAUUUGACGAAUUCAACCGCCCUAUCAUCAAGGACUUGAACUCUUUAAGAGGCACUCAGAUCACAUACACGGGGAAGGGGAGGGCGUCCGGAGGGAUUUCCAAUGGAUCGUUGGCGAUCGUCACUCAGCCUCAUGACAUACAGUCUCCAGAGUACAUCGAUGGUGUCAGAAGGUUUCGUCAGGGAACCGCGGCUACAGAGGACCUCCUCGAGGAUUUGGGUCUCUCAUAUCCGCCGACCAGAGGAGCCCAGACACCCGGUACUGGAGACAUUAGCCUACGAAAGACACUUGGCGAGGGAGCUUUCGGCGUCGUGACCCAUCUCUGGAAUGUUAGCACGGGGGAGGAGCGCGUCGCAAUUCAGAACGGGCAGUUUAAUCCUGGUACCUGGAAGCGAGAGGCUUACAUCAUGAGCCUGGUCUCACAUGAACGAAUCGUGAAACUCAUCGAGUCAUUCUCAACACCCCACUAUGAGCUACACAUUGAGUACAUGCCCUAUGGAUCUCUGGAAGAUCAUGACGAUAUAUCAUAUGAUGAGACCUUAAUGAUUGUUCAUCAAUGUUCAUCGGCUUUGGCAUACUUGCAUGAUUUUGAGACGCCGAUUGCGCAUCGAGACAUCAAGCCGGCCAACAUCCUUGUUGAGAGUCGAUCUGAAUACAGUAUUUCUGUUAAGUUAGGCGACUUCGGACUAUCGCGGCAUAGUUCUGAGUUGAUGACUUUCUGUGGCACAUACCUCUAUCUCGCCCCGGAGGUCUACUCAGACAUGCGAUCUCAAGCCAGCUAUACUGUGGCUGUUGACAUCUGGUCUCUUGGUGUAGUGGGAUGCCGACUGGUGUACGGUCUACCACAUUACAAGGACGAAUACAAGAAGAACAGAGUGGCUUGGUGUGAGAAGAUCGUCAAGGCAAUGCAAAGGAAGGUUGAUAGGCAGCCGACUGCGCUUGGAUCGAUUCUUGUGGAAUGCAUGGUGGUCCUGUCCCCAGACACGCGGUCUUCCGCUGGCUACUGCUGCAGCGCGUUGGAAAAUCUGCUUCAACCUGAGCAGGGAUUCUCCCAGCAGCUGGCUUCCUCUACAUACUCUAGGGAGGAGGACCAAGAGACACUCAGGUACGCCUCGCUAAAUGACGACGCUGGGAAUCUGUCGACUAUCAUCUGCCAGCCAAGGCCUACAAGAGCGGUUACCCCAUCUUUAUUCAUAAGAUCUCGAGCGCCCCCUCCCGAGUCGCUCCUACUCUCCAAGGUGAAUCCACAUUAUGGAGAGUCCGAGGUACCACUUUCGUCGGCGAUCAGACAUUACAACAGCUGGCAAGCAGGCCAUGAGAUGACGCGUUUCGUGGAAGACUACUCGGUCGAUCCACUCAACUCCCUCUAUGUUGGAUCAUCACUGGCCUCACAUUUAGUAGAAGACAACCCCGAAGAAUGGGCAAGCGAUUUCUUAGGAGGUUCGUCACAGCAGAAUCAGGGCUGGGCUGGCGGUCUGGAGACAGCCACGGUCUCAGAAUCAAGAAUCCCGCGGGGCGGGAGCGGAGGAUGGCGCGUAGCGAGUGGGCCUGAACCAGUUGAAGAAGGCAACGCAAUCGACGCUGAAGAUUACGACGAGAGGGCAAAUGCGGCGCUAAUGCUUCAGGCUCUGGGUCAGGGGCAGUGGUCGAACUUUGAAGUCUGUGACUGA